UGAUCUACGAGUACCUGAGACAGCGGCGCCACCCGUCGGCCUCCAGCUAUCACCCGAUGGAUCCGCAACAGACGGGUGCGCAAGUGAUUGGCGCCACCGGUGGUGGCCUUUGCUCUGGAUCUGCCGCCGGAUCAGCUGUUGGCGGCGCCGGCGGUGGUCAGCAUAUGGUGAGCGCCGGCUCCAGACAUAUCAUCGCGUUUGAGUCCAUACAGAUUAACAAAGAGUUGGGUGUCGGCGAGUUUGGUGUCGUUCAACAGGUGGCCAACUGUUUGGUGGGAACCAAUCGCGAGUGUCUGUGUCUGUUGUUAAUACAUACCAUCCGUACGAGUGAUGACAGACACACACCGUUGCCAUCGCUGGUGUGUCUGUCACACAGCUGUGCAAAACAGCUGAUGGAUCACCCGAUCCGUGACCGCAUCGAGUCACCGGUGCCGCCGCCCGCCGGCGCCAAAGAGCACUUGCCGUAUAAGUCGGGCGACAUUAUCACCGUUUUGGACAAAUGCGGACAACAAUCGGCUGUGAAUAACAACAAUAUCACUAAUAAUAACCACUCGUCGUCGUUGAGUAUGUGUUCAAACGCCACGAGUGUCUCGUCUAUGGCCGGCGGCGGUCACGAUAACGCCGGGACUCUUUGGAAAGGCGCCCUAAACAACGGCAAAACCGGUUACUUCAACCCCAGCGACUGUGUCUCCUAUUUGGGCCAAAACCUGCCCACGUCUUCGUCCCAAUCGCUGUCCACAUCGACGUCCGGCGGUAUCGGCGGCGCCGGCGGUCGGGAGUCAUCGUCAGCCACCUCUACACUGGCGUCACACGUACUGCAGUCUAAGUUUAUACGCGGUUUUCUCGACUCGCGUCACAACAGCGGCGGCAGUCACUCAUCAACCGGUGGCCAAUCGGCUGCUGCGGCCGCCGCUGGCAACCAAUCGCCGUACGGUUCCCGACGCCGGAUACGGCCCGACAUGAUUAGCCGACCGCAGGGCGAUCUCGUCCACACCGGU